GUCGCCCUCAGAAGAAGGCUUAUGAGGCGGCUGAGAGUUUUGUCCUCACCGGUGAACAUGUUGUAAACUGAAGGAAAUAGUUUUUCUUUGUCAAUGAAUGAAGCUGUAAAACCAUCCACACAGUCACAAUGUGGAAACCCACCGCGGCAUCAAAAAGCACCUUCACCUCAGCGGCGGGACCCCGCGCUGCUGCUGCCGCGGUCACCUGUCUGCUCGUGACCGGGAUGCUCGUAGUUACUGUCGGACACCCGAGCAGCGGAGACCCGGAGGAGCUACCAGCCGCAGCGACGAGCGGAAAAGUUUUCUCGGCGUAUAUCAGAAAACUGACCCGGGAGAGGAGAGCCAUAAGCGGCCCCCUGCGGAGCAACGCUCCCCCAGGACCGGUGGAGCAUCUGACCCCCGCUGACCUGUUCAUAGCGGUGAAAACAACUGGGAGGUAUCACCGGCAGAGGCUGGAGCUGCUGCUGGACACCUGGAUCUCCAGGAACAUGCAACAGACGUAUGUGUUCACUGAUGGAGAGGACAAGGAGCUGAGGAAAAGGAUGGGAGCUCACCUGAUCAACACCAACUGUUCAGCAGCCCACAAUCGUCAGGCCCUCUCCUGUAAAAUGGCUCUGGAGUACGACACUUUUAUUAACUCUGGCAAGAAGUGGUUCUGUCAUGUCGAUGAUGAUAACUACGUGAACGUCGGCCCCCUCCUGAAACUCUUGUCUCAGUACAGUCACACACAGGACGUUUACAUCGGCCGGCCCAGCCUCGAACGGCCAAUAGAGGCCACGGAGAGGCUUGGCACUGCUGAAAUGAAGCAGGUGCGGUUCUGGUUCGCCACAGGAGGAGCAGGGUUCUGUCUGAGCCGCGGCCUCGCUCUCAAAAUGAAACCCUGGGCGAGCGACGGCACUUUCAUGGCGACAUCUGAGCACAUUCGCCUGCCUGACGACUGCACCGUUGGUUACAUCGCGGAGGCGCUGCUUGGUGUGGGCCUCAUCCGCUCAGCUUUGUUCCACUCCCACCUGGAGAACCUGGGACUGGUGUCAGAUGUGCACAAUCAGGUUACUCUCAGCUACGGCACUGUGGAAAACAACAGAAACACUGUCAAUGUGAAAGGCCCAUUUUCAGCUAAUGAAGAUCCUACAAGGUUCAGGUCUGUCCAUUGUCUGUUGUACCCAGACACUCCUUGGUGCCCCAGCCCCUGGCGACUUUAACAGCCGUCCAGAGACAAAGAGGGAGGGAUGGACUGAUGUGGAGAAAAUGUAAAGGUCUGAAAAUAGGUAAAGAGAAGAAGUCCCACCGCUGCCCUCCUCUGACUCCUGAGGAAUCUCGGAAACACUUGGACAUAAAUGUUUCCAUCAUGUCCCCACAGCUGUCUGAGUAGCAGACCUACUUGUUAGGAAUGAGUACCGCUGCAUUAGUUCGACACCUGAACUUUGACCCCGUGAACUGUUACUUGGUGUCAAAAGGCCAAAAACUGCUACAAGAGAACAAGAUGAAAAGUCUAAUUUCUUGGGUGGAUGAAAAAUGGAGAAACAACUUUGUUAAUCUUAGAUCCAGUAGCAAAAGAAAAGUUAAAGUUUGGCCUGAUGGUGGCGUGAGAGGAAAAGCCGUGUUGUUACCCAAAUCAAAAGGGUUUAUCCUCUGUACGAUGGACAUCUCAGCUCCAAAACGUAGAGCUGAGCCUGUCACACCUGCCUCAUCUGUCUCCCGUUUAACCUCCACAUUCAGCUUCAGUUGUCCUUGUCCUUUCAGUUUCAGCUCUUGCUCGUUAGCUUCAGCUGUGCACUGAGCUCAAUGCUAAUGUUAGCGUGUGAUACUGAGGCCUAGAGCUUAACCUUGGCCAUCAUUUGAUCAGGUAUGAUGAGUGUUCUCACCAAAGUAAAUGCUGAGGCCUGGGAACACAGCACCACAGCUACAACAACUGUUAAAUUUGGAGGUAGAAGUGAAAGUGAGCAUGUGUGAAAUGUCGGUAAUAAUCUUGAACCGGAAAGACGUGUGCAAACAAUGAUUCAUUUAAGUUGUUGCUCAGUCAGUUUGAAUAAGCUGGCAGAUGAUCGUCUCACUGCUCGUGUUUCUUGCCUCAUCAGACUUCUUUUAUGGAUGCUGAUGCAUUUAGAUCUCAGUUAUUAACUUACUAAUAAUUGCUGAUGGACAAAACUACUAAAAUGAGAUAGAAGUUGUGAUGAAUAGAAAUUAUUCUUUGCCUAAAGUGUCAAAUAAGUGGUAAAUUGGAACAGGUGGUGGCUCAGAGUAAAAGUCAGGGGAUAACCACACUGACCAAAUCAUCCUCUGGAGACCAUAAACAGUUGUUCCAAAUUCAGUGGGAACACAUCCAGUACUUGUCUGGACAUGUCAUUCUGGACCAAAGUGUUGGACCAGCAAACAGACUGGCAGACCGACAUCAUCCUCUGUGGAGCCAAGAAGACUGAUUUGAAUUUAGCUAAUCCGCUUUUUGCUUCUGGCUUCUCUUUCUUUUUUCACCUUGGGUCAACUCAAAGACUUGUUUUGCCUCACAUCCUCAAUGCCCCCUGUCCACUUCCUCAGCUGUGAAAGAUCAUUCUUUUAAAAGAAUGUGAAUGUGUUCUUUGGCUACUCACCGUGCACCUCCAGUGUUGACCAGUUUGGAUUCAAGACGCGUGAUCGCUGCGGUGAACAGAUGAAUCAAAGCAAUCAAACACAGAAGCACAGAAGGAAGGAUCAGUCGUUCAUUUUUUAGUAUAAUGAGGCACAAAAACAUUUUGACCACAUUAUAGAGUCCAGACUCCUCAUCUGAAGUUUUACUUCAUCAGUGUUCAGUAUUAUCCUCUCUCUGAAGUAUAGAUCAUGACUGUAGGUCUGAGCACUUUGCUGGUUUAUUUCUGCUCUUUGCAGUUUGUCAUUUGGUAAAAAGAACAUUGAGGGAAUAGUUUGAGAUUUUGGGAAAUUUGCUUAAUUGUUUUCAUGCAGAGUUAGAUAAAAAAGAUUGAUGCCACUCACAUUGCUAAAUAUGCAAAAUAAGUAGGCCAUAAAACUACAAAUUGUUGUUUUUACACUUCUGUUUUCGUGCAGAUUAAAUAAAUAAGAUAGUACAUGUUAAUUAGAUUUGGAGGUGCUGAUUGGCAGAUUUUGUUUUCUUUGGAUAGAGCCAGGCUCGCUGUUUUCCCCUGUUUGCAAUCUUUUGCUAAGCUAAGCUAAGCAGCUGCUGGCAGUAACUUCAUAUUUAUUACAUAGACUUGAAAGUGUAACCAGCCUUCUCAUCUAACUCUCAGCAAGAAAGCCAGUAAGUGUAUUUCCCAAAAUGUCAAACUAUCCCUUUAACAGCUCUGUAUGGACUAGUGAGGCCUCUGUUACAAAAUAGUCUUCAAAAAACAGUGUUUCUCAACUAUCUUUAUCCGUUUAAAUGGAUUAUGACUGUUAAUGAUGUGGCACUGCUUUUAAAAUGUUGUAGCAGUGUAACAAAGAUAUUAUCCCCUUUGAGGUUUUAUUGAGAAAUGACUCAUGUUGGGUCGUCUUCUAUCUUUCUGUGCAUUGAAAGCAGCUGUUGUAACUGAAUGAAUGUUAUUAAGUUAAAUUCUGUCCCUUGUAAAAUGAAUGUAUAUGAUGAACCGUUGCUUCUGAAGCGCACAUUCUCUCUCCAGUAUCUGGACUGUCUGAGGACAUUAUGGCUGGAGUUAAUAAAAACAGUG